CUUCUCUUCCUUCCCCUCCCCUCCCCGCCUCCUCUCCCGGCGGGCGGCGCGGUGCCAUGGCGCUGGCCGGGCUCUGCCGGGUUCGGAGCAGCGGCCGCGCAGCGCUGCCCCUGCGGAGCUGCCUCCAGGAUGGGCUCCGGGCGAGCACGGGGGAAGCAGCGGCCGCUCGCCCUCCCCGCGUCGUUGGCUCCCGGCUGUGUGUGCGGAGCUGGCGGCUCGGGGGCGUCGCUGCCCGCCCGGAGCAGCGGCGAGUGGCAGCGGCCGGGCUGUGCGGGGCGGCUCCGGCCGCUGCGGUCCCACAAGAGGCGGUAGCGGAGGCAGCGGAAGAGUUCGCAGUGGUCUACAGGUUCCCGGGGAUCAAAUACUGCCGGGCGCUGUCGAGGCUGAAGCUGCUGCAGACCGCGACCACCCUGGCUGUGGUGCCUCCCGUCUGCUACCUCUACCUGCAGGGCCAGGCUUCCCAGACUGUGCUCCUCUAUACAACCGGCGUGGCUUUCUUCGCUGGUGUGAUGUUGUACGGGAUGAGCUAUUUUUUCAGACGAAUUAUUGGCUUCAUCUACCUGAGUGAAUCCGGCAGAACAGUCAAAGUGGCCCACUUGACAUUUUGGGGAAAGCGGAAUGACAUUUACUGCCCCAUAGAGACAGUGAUGACUUCGGAUGAAGCUGGAGAUGUCCAAGGGGAGCUGCUUCUCCAGUUCAAACGAUAUAACAGCAAAGAUACCUUGUACUUUACGACUAAAUACGGCCAGGUUGUAGACAGACAGAAGUUCAGGGAAAUAUUUGGAGAACUUCAGUGAUACAAUAACAAAUUCCUGAUAAUUCUGCUUGUUGCGUUGUUCCUUGUGCUUAUUCUUCUAUGAAGUCUUUGAUAACCUGACAUCCUUGUGUCAUUUUCCUGUGUGACGUCUGCUGGUGAGUGUGCUCAGCAUGGGAAGUAGAAAUGGUAGUGAACAAUCCAAUGGAUUAAACGUCUUUGUAGCUCGUUUAUGGUGUGAGCAGAUCACUUCUGUUUCACAGUGUGCGUGGUAUUGCUGUCACGCUGCUGUUCUAGGAGUUACAAGCUCACGCGUUAACAAGCAGUAAAUAAUACGUAUAAUACUGCAAAAAUUCUGUCGAAUUUUGAUGUCAUUGUUAAAGAAAUGAUGCAUUGACCAGCUCUUAGGAGUACACAGGGACAAUGGCUGUGAGUCCAUCCUCGGGGAAGAGAACAAAACUCGGCAGCACAGGGGUGCGUUGUGCUAGACGAGCUGAUGGUUCAGUCCUGAUGUAAAAUUAAAGACUGGGACAGCACUUCAGGAGCCUCUAACACACACUUAUUUCCCAGUGAAAUACAGGAAGAAUGUCCCUAAGCUAUGAUGCUCUGAAUUACAGGGACAGCGUAUGAUCAAUCCCUUGUUUAUUUAUUUAUUUUUGAUUUAGAUCCUAAUAACUGCAACCUUUAUAAUCUGGAAA